CGAUGUUCGAAAACACGUUGCUGCCUGCCUGCUCUGCUCCCGGCGCUCGAUCGGACAAAAACCGAUCUUCCACCCACCGGAGUGCACGUGUGUUUUUGUUAGUGCCGCAAACGUUGUUUUGAAUAUUUCGCUGCCGGUCAGAAGAAAACUCGACAUCGGAAGUGCCAAAAACUGGAAUACGAUAAUGGACUCAUCGGUGAUCAUGGACUCACAGAGUCCGAACUGUUCUGGUGGGUCUUGUCUGCAGGAUUCGCAAGAGCCGCAGCGGAGUCCGGAUCUGCCAACACAAGCGGCGCCUGCUGCGGUACCAGCAGCGCCGCUGAAUCCGCACGCCGGAUUCGAUCCCCAUGCUGGGACCAACUGGCUGUUUCCGAUCGAUUUCACCAGUUCCGACUAUCUGCCGCUUAUUGCCGAGAAGUGUUUGUAUCACAACUCGUUGGUGAUCCUCCCGAACAAGACGGAAAAGAUGUUCGUCACGGCGGUCACCAUGUACAACAUCUACCGUUGGUAUCCGCUGGGAAAGGUGAUUUACGUGGCGCCGAAGCGAGGAAUGAUUGACGAACAGAAGGCCGCCUGCGAACAGUUCAUGAAGUUCCUGCCGACGGAUGUCGUGGAAAUGCACAUGAAACCUCACGAACGUACCCGGAUGUGGAUGGCCAAGCGGGUGUUCUUCACUUCGACCACCAUGAUGCUGAUGGACAUCAAUCGAGCCUCUCAGGAAAUUCCGGUCAUGGACAAAGUUAAAUUGAUUGUUAUAGAUGAUCCGCAGGUGGAACCGCGUCAGCACACGAAGAUUAUCCAGAAGCUGCUGGAGUACACGAAGAACUUCCGAGUGCUGUGCGUUUCGACGACUUCCGGAAAAACGGUGGAGGCCAAUCUGCUCAAGUCGUGGCUCAUUUCCAACAUCGAACUGCAGUGGGGCAAUCCUCACGAGGCGCCAGAAGAUUGGCUAAUGAAUAAGAAAGAAAUCAGCAAUAUCUGGACACCGCUUGGGCAAUCGCUGACCGGCCUGCUGGAGGAGUUCAAACAGGUAAUGCAACCGUGCUUGCAAAAGCUGCUAGCGGCCAAGCUGGUUGCAAAGUGCGAGUUCGAUCGAAUGGCCAUGGAGAACGUCCGGAUGGAUAGAAUCCGGUACGAGGAAGCCCUGUUGACGGGGAUUCUACGUAAGGACCAUCACGAGGUGAUGUUGAGCUUCCACAUGGCCGAACGGCUGCUGGAGGCGUACCACAUUCUGGAACGGGAGGGAAUCCUGGCGGUGCUGGAAUAUUUCCAUCGGGCGAACGACGUGGUUGUUCAGGCCGAUCUGAGCGUCGAGGCCUUUCUGAACAAGCUUCGGGUGGGAGUUUACAACACGCCGCAUCCCAAGUUCCGAACGUUGGAGAACUUCCUGAAGGAGUUCUAUCAGAGGAGAAAUGAUGCCAGCAUAUUGAUCGUGGUGGAACACAUCGAUGCCGGGGUGGUCAUUCAGCAGCUCCUGCGUCAGGUUCCUGAAUCGAAGCCAAAAUUGAUCGUCGAUGGCAACUAUGCCCAGGACGUGCAGCAGUUCCAAAGCGGCCAAUUCAACACUCUGAUCGUUACGGUUCAGGUAGAGCCAGUUCUGGCGAUUCGGAAAAUCGAUCUGAUUGUCCUGUUCAAUAUGACCAGCAAGCCGCGCGAAUUCCUGGCGCACAUUGCCAGGACCCGCGGGGCCGAUCCCGGCGCGAUUGUGACUUUCACAACCGAGGGCGCAGAACAGCUGGAAAUAGCCGACAUCAUCAACACCCGCCGCUUGUACUACUACGAGAACCGGAACAUCCUCCCGAUCGGGGUGGACCUAUCCAGCACGAUGAUGCACAACUCGCCGGGAUUGAUUCCGCCGGGUUUCCAACCGAAGGGUCGCAAAAUUUUCUUCAAUAUACCCACCGUAACGGCAACUACACCACAGCAGGAUCAACCCGGAACCAGUAAUGGUCACGGCCUCAAACUGGAACCAAUCAGUCCGGCAUCGUCUCCGGUGGUGGCUGGUAGUGGCCAGAAGCGCAAGAUAGUGGAAGUGCUGGCCGACGUUCCGGCCACUUACGAUGUCAUCAACGGUCAGACCUACUACGAGGUGAUCUCGUUGAAGCAACAGCAACUGGAAGUCCCGCUCUCGCCGGGACCAGCUUUUAUGCCCACGUAGAUGUGGUGGCAUCAUUUGUUUCUUUUGUUUUUCUCGAAUUCCCUAGCUGUAAGGACUUAAGUUGAUCUUGACAUCAUUCAUCAUUUUAUUUGUUAUAACCUUAUUAUAACUUCGAUUGUAAAACGCCGCAGAGGCGUUUUAAGCUAAAAGGACAAUAAACUGCAUAUAUUUUAAUUGUUUUUUUU